GAAGGGUCUUGGUGCUCUUGGUGGUCGCAUCGCCAACAUGACCAUCGGGGAGUUGGAAGCAUUGCUGGAUCUUCAGAACAUUGACCCGGUCACCAUGGUUCAGCUGAUGAAGGACCUACGCGCUCUCUACAGAACAUUUAUGGAAGAGGCCAUCAACGUUCUCAUAAAUGGCAAGGCAGGGAACAACUUUGAUCAGUUUGACAUUGUCCUCAGUGGAACCAUUCCCUUCCCCAAGAGACAUGCCACUUUUUUUGAAUUUGAUUGGGGAUAUCCGAUUGGUGGAUUCGUCACUUUAUCUUUCACCAUUUCAUCAGGAGGUUUCUUUGAUAUGGAGAUACCAGUAUACAUUGGUGUGAUUUCCAUGAAAGCAAAGGGUGGAAUAACACCAAUGGUUGGAGCAAAUGUAAAAGGUGGUGUGUCUGUGUGUGUGACUUUUAUCCUGUGUGGCGAGUUGCAACUCUCUGCUGAUGUGCUCCGCACAAGCUUUCCCACUGUCGCUGAGACACUGUUCUCAAAGUUCCCGCUGGAUGUCGGGUUAAAGAUGGACAUAGAAAUGAUUCCCCUGAGAAUUCGUCUGCGAGCUUUGGUUACUCUGAAAAUUCCAUUCUUUGGGAAGACGGUUCUUUUCAAGGCCAACUUAUAUCGCUGGGAAGCUCCUGCAGUUCACCAAAACAUCUUUGACUUCCACUCCCAGGAGCCUGACACAUCUCCCCCAGAGAUUGAACAGUACUCAACACCGCCGGAUGGAAUCCCAACUAGAGUAGUGGGGAGGAAAGCUUGCAGUGUUGAACAGGUUCCAGGAUUAGACUAUACAUCACCAGCCUUCCAGCUUGAGGUGGCAGCAUUUGACGACAAGAGCCUGGUUACGUUUCACUACCAGGUUGGGACAGCACCUGGAGCUGGUGAUGUGGUCUCCAAGACGGAGUUUGGCGGACCGUCGGCCAUCAUUACGCAGACUCUCCUUAGUGGGCAUCCUCUCUACUUCACUGUUUAUGCAAUGAACAAUGGGGGAGGUGUCUCCAUGGCAACCUGCAGCCUUCCAACCUUUGACAUCACCCUCCCGACAGGCCGUAUCACACCAGACUUCACCUCAACCAGCCACCCCCAUGUACUCCGCGCCUCAGCCGUGGUGUACGAUGACUCUGUCAUCUUGAUGCAAAAGGAAGGCGUCGGGUUUGGUUCUGAAAUCUGGGGAGAUCAAAUCGUGCCGUGGCAUUCCAUUAACAUCACAAAGAGGCAUCAUCAAGAAGUUUCGUCCAAUGACUUCCAAUAUUUCACCGCUGCCAAGGAAGGCAGGCUGAUUUCCAAACCAAUAUCAACCAUCAUCCACCGCAACCCCAACUUAUGUGCACGGGACUGCCUAGCCCUCCCAGAGACCAAAUGCCUGAGUAUCAACUACAACUAUGGGGACUUCACCUGUGAACUGUUGGAGGAGAUUGAGGGUCACGGGGUUGAAGUUCACAAGUCUGGAUUCUUCUCCCACUAUGAGCGUCUUGGUGUGGGUCACGCCAUUGAGUUUAGUCAUGAAUCGCUCCAACUUGUCCACAACAACCUCUACUACUUCAACAUAGAGCUCCUCAACUACGUUGGCUAUGAGAACAUCAUCUCAUCUGUCGGCAUCAUUGCAGACUUCACACCGCCUGCACCAGGGUUGAUCAUGAACGGGAUCAAGGACGAAUUGGUGCAUGAACCAUGUGUAGAGUUCACUCCAGAGGAGUGGGAGAGACGAUGCAUUGAAGACACACCGCUGGAUAACCAUCGUUAUGUCAUUGAUGGUCCCGGGUCUCUGACGGUAUUCAACGGCCAUGAAGAACAAGUGGACAUGCUGUAUACAAGGAUUAAUACCUUCAUUGCAGCUAACUGGGAUGGUAUCCAUGACAAUGAAACCGGUAUCCAUGGCUACACCUGGUCCAUUGGUAGUGACGUCUGUGCCGAUGAUAUCAGCAGGCAUAUUGACCCACAUGCACACCUAUUUGACGAGUCGCAGUGGACCCACCAGGGACUCGUUGUCAACAUCAAUCUUCCAGAUGGUGCAUACUAUAUCUCGGUGCGUGCUCUCAACAAGGUGGAGUUUGGCGGUCCUAUGGCACUCACUGUGUGCCACAGCACCCCACUCACUAUCGACAGAACUCCGCCCAUCGUUUACAGCAUUCACGACAUCACUUAUGACUCCACCACCGGUAAAAUCGGAAUGCGAGUCAAUGCAACCGAUCCUGAGUCCCAUUUGCUUGAGUAUCAUCUGGCAGCAGGCAAGACCCGUAGAGAUAAAUCACUGCGGGACUGGGAGGCUCACGUGUUGGCUGAAGAGCUUUUCAUGGACUUCAAGAUACCAAGUGGUGUACCGUGCUGGGUGAAAGUCGGAGCAGUCAACAAUGUCGACCUACGGGCUGUAGGCCAUGCUGACGAGCCCAUUCUUGCAGAUUAUUCCCCACCAAUUGCUGGAGAUUUGUUUGAUGGGCCGUAUGCUGGACAAGAUCUCACAUUUACCAAAGACAGAAAUGAGAUUUGUGCCAACUGGCAUAAUUGGCAUGACCCCGAGUCUGGGAUCUCCUCAUAUCUGUGGGCAGUUGGAACCCAGCCUGGCCUUAGUAACGUGGUAAACUACAUCAAAUUGUCUCAUCGAGAGCAUACUGCCUGCUCUGACUAUGUGACCCUGCAGCACAGAGAGACGUAUUACUCCACACUCAUAGCCUUCCAUGGUGGAUAUGAUAAGGUCAAUGUGACAGCUUCAUCCAAUGGAGUGACUGUGGAUCUCACUCCACCAAUGCAAGGAAAUGUCUGGGACAGCUCGCUUGCAGGAACUACUGAUGACCUAGACUUCUCCUCAAGGCCGGCCACUGUGGAAGCUCAGUGGCAUGGAUUCUCUGAUCCAGAGUCUGGUAUCAAAGACUACCAAAUCACAAUCUAUCGCAGCUCCAAUGGCUCAACUGACUUUGAGGUCAUCCAUGAGGCAGAAUCAGUAAGCAUUGCUACAUCCUCCAUUGAGUGGCAUCACUUCCAGCUCCAUCACAAGACCAGGUUUAUGUCAACCUACGCACUGUCAACCAGGCUCUGAAUCACAUUGACACCCGUACCGAUGGCUUCUUGGUGGAUCUGACCCCUCCAUUGCUGCACACCCUGGGCGACGGGUUGGUGGUUGGAGAAGAUGCUGACUUCCAGUCCCAUUCAGAUAGUCUUGCUGUUCACUGGAACUACUUUGAUGACGAGUCUGGCAUUGAAUCCUUCCAGUUGGCCAUCUACGAGAUUCGACAUGGGAACAAACGCAAGAUCUUCC